UAAAUAAAAAGGCAAAAAAAAUUAAUGUUUACAAGAUAUGUCUUUUUUUUUAACUUUCAAGCUACUUAUAUAAUUGUAUUUAGUAUGAAUGUUUGUAAACAGUAUAUAGUUGGUUUUUUUAACUCUCUUUGUCAAGUUUUGUCCUUUAAUUGUGUAUUUAGAACUUUUGUAUCUAAUGCAAUUGUAGAUAUGCUAAGAGCUUAUGUCUGCCAUUUUGUUUUUUUGUUUUCUCUUUUUCAUUUCUCUGUUUUCUUUUUGUUUAGGUUACUUGAACAUUUGUAUGAUUCCAUUUUUAUUUACCUAUAAAGUUUUUGAAUAUAUCUCUUUGUAUGGGUUUUUUAGUGUCUACUGUAGGUACUGCACUAUGUAUACCUAAUUUUUUGCAAUCUGCUGAUGUGGUCAUCUCCCCAGUUUGAGGGAUUAUAAAACCUUACCUUCCUUUACAUCCUUUGACCUCCCCUAUUUAUGAUUCUCUUCAAUAUUUCUUCUACAUAUAUUUAAGCCAUAUAAGUGUUAUGAAUUUGUUUCAACCACCAACCAUAAUUUAGAAAACUUGAGAGAAGAAAAAAGUCUAUUAUAUUUACCCAUAUUUUUGCUUACCAUUUUGCCAGGACAUUUUGAGUAUUUAUUACGAGACUCUGAAUCUUAUUUAAACCCGCCGUCUUAGCUGGCUUCCUUUAACACUGCUCCUGCAGAGAAGGGGAAUGGGAGGGCCGCUUCAUUGCUGCCAAGAGAAGGCGGACGUCCAGGCUCCCCGCAGUGUCUCCAGUAUCAUCAAGACAGGGUGGGAUGGGAGACUUCCUCUUUGCUCUGCGGGGAUGAACGUCCUGGCUCCCCACUAGGCCUUCUCUAAUACCACCCCAGCAGGUGGGUUGGGAACCUGUUAUAGCUGCUGAGGGGAAAAUCUAAGUUUCCCCGUGAAGCUUUACUGCUGUGAGUGGAGGUGGGACCACAGUUUUUCCUUCAGUGUUGGCUGGAGUAGACGGGCUAUUGUCUAAAAGUCUUGCUAGACUGGCAUUUUCUUGGUCCUUUGACGAAUGAGAGCAGACUUCUGUGCAGGACCUUUUGUCUAUGCCUCUUGGCAUUUCAGUGUUGCAUCUGCAGCUCUAAAUUGGGGGUGCGUGAGGCCAAAAGAAAACCCAGUGAACUCAGGUACCUAGCUGGUAGCUAGCUGGUCUACCUUCUCUUCUCCAUUUCUUGCUAUCUUAUGUUUCUUUCAUAAAUAAUGUGCAGGGUUUUUAGCUAUACUUAGUAGGAAGAAUAAGGAAAAGCAAAUCUACCCUAUCUCCUAGACCCAGAAUUUCCUGAUUUAUUCUUUCCUGUAUGGUUGAGCCAGAGUUUUUGUUUGGCUAUGGUUUACAAGGUGUGCUUUUAAUUGUUUUGUUUUGCUUUUAUCAUUUUCAAGAUUGGCUACUUAAUAGAAUUUUUCCUUAUCCUCAAUAUUUUUUAAAAAAUUAUUAAUAUAAAGACACAUGCUUGUGAGAAUCUUUUAAUAUUUAUUUUGUUUGUAUUUAGGGACGCUUUCAGUGCAAGUCAUGUCUUCCUUUAGGUCAGAGAUGUUUCUUCUUCUGGGUCUUCUUUGAAUGUUGUUUUUCUUCUGUCCUUUGUUACAUUAUUCUGGAAUGCCUAUUAAAUUGAUUUUUAUUUCCUGCACUUUACUUCAUAAUUCUUCUACGUUAUUUUUGUCUCUUCAGUAACUUAAACAUAGUUUCUCCAAUGUGUAUUCUAAAUCACUAGUUCACUUUCCCUAAGUUUCUAGUACUGGGCUCUGUAACCUCUUCAUUUGAUAUCCCGAUUUCUGCCCAGGUGGUCUUUUCUGACCUAAGACUGUCAUCUUCAUGACUGCUUAUUUGAUUUUUAAAAUCUUACAAGGGAUUUAUUGAGGAUAUAUAUUAAAACAAUUCAGUUCUCUCCAGCUUUUCGCAGACUCUGUUUUGAGAAGGGGAACAACGACUCUACUGUCUUAGAUUCACCCCAUCAAUCGAAGCCGUGGUGCCUUCAUAUCUCACAUGACUUCUCUGUUGCUUAUUUUGAAACACAUAGGGCUGGCUUGUCUAGUAAUGACACUGGGAGAGUUUCUAAUUGAGAUGCUGUAUUUGCUGCAUCAUUGAUCCAUUUAUUAUUUUUUAAAAAUGUGUUUUGUUUUUCUGAAGUUGAGUUAAAAGCUGUAAUUGGCUUUUCUAAUUUUUAAUGAUUCAGAGAAACCUUAGAUCAGUAUGAUUUGGUAAGACUGAUUUUCUCUUCCUGCAUAGAUGUUUUGGAAUUUUAUUUUAAAUAUAACCUAGAAAUUCAAAUUAUUCACCAUGAUCUGACUAGUAUUUGGUCUCUCUUCAUUAUUUAGCCACUCUAUUGCUUGAAAAUGGAUUUUAGGUGAAAACAGAUAGCAUUGAAGAAUGCGAGUGCCACCUGGUCUUGCCGAUCCCAGGCAUACAGCUUCUGACACCUCCCAGCCCCACCCGCUACCAUCCGUUCUCUUAACAGUGUCAGCGUGAUCUUUCUACAGGGCUUGUAUGACAGUGUCACUCCCCUGCUUCAAAUGUGCAGGUGGCGCUCUUUCUAUAGGACAAGGUCUGAAUUCCUCAGCACAGAAUCAAAGUCCUUGGACCUAGUGUAUCCACAACAUUGAUCAUGUCCUUGUUUCUCUUUUAUUUGUGUCAAUUCUGGGGUUGUUCACUGUUCCUAAUAACGUCUUACUUCUGUCAUUAAACUUGUUUUGCUCUUUCUGUAGUUCUCUAACCAUAUCUAAUUCCUUUUUCAUUUAUCCCAGCCUCUUUGGCCCAUAUCGUUUUCCAACUUCAUCUCAUAAUGUCCCCAUUAGAAUUCAUUACAUUAAAUGUAGCAAAAUAACAGAAGAGCCUUUUGAUAAUUGGUUACAAAUUAGAAACAAAUGAUGUCAACGCUGCUGUCUCCUUUCUUCUCUCUUCACUGCGAUUUUGUAAAACUUCCAGUUGAAAUUCUCUUCAGUAUUUAUAAGAUAAUCUUCAGAUCAAGUCAGAGCAGUUCAGUGAAGUAGUUUAAUAGAAAUCAGAGGACUUUGGAAUCCAAUAGAUGUGGUUUGAAUUCCAGAUAAGCACUUUAAUUGUUUCAUAACUUCUCAGAGAUCCGUUUCCUCACCUGUAAAAUGCACGUACACAAGGACAACGUACAGGUGUGAUUUAACACAAUGUAUGCUAGCUCCUUAUUCACCUCCUAAAUUCUAGCCAGACAAACAAGAUUUGUGAAGGGUAGAAAAGUUAUCCUAAUUACAAAUAUACUUCUAAAGUUCUGAUAAAUUCACACAUGUGUGUUCUAUAAUAAAAUCAUGAACACUGGAUUUGUUUCUCAAAAGUAUAGAUGUUUUCAGGAAUAUCUCUGUCUCCCAGAACAGGCCCUGUGGUGACCCCUUGAGGGGCACAUGGCUCUCACUAGGCAUGGCCUCUUUGUAUGGAUUAAGGGACAGAUAGAGACAUAUCAGUCCUUCCAAAAGCUAACGUAGGUCCAUUUCAGGGCAUAGGCUGUGGCCAUUCUUCCUUGUGUUUUUAUCAGUAGACCACACAAGGCCCUUCCUCUCCCACUGAGAUCCUGAUCUUGCCUCUUUCACUAACACUGCGAAGGAGUCUGAAAAACAAAUCCAGAAUCUGACUCUUCCAGUUAAGAAUCUCGCUCCAUCACCACAGCUGGGGAUUCCUUCCCGUACCGUUUCUAUGGCUGAAGGCAACUGGACAAGAGUUGGUGCAUUUAUCCUCACGAGUUUCUCUUCCCUCCCUCCUGGAGUACAGUCCUUUCUCUUCCUGACAUUUCUGUCCGUCUACCUGGUCACCCUGAUGGGGAACGGCCUCAUCAUCCUGGUUACCUGGGCUGACCCCAUGCUGCACAGCCCCAUGUACUUCUUCCUCAGGAACUUGUCCUUCUUGGAGAUUGGCUUCAACCUGGUCAUUGUGCCCAAGAUGCUGGGGACCCUGAUGGCCCAGGACACAGCCAUCUCCUUUCUUGGCUGUGCCGCUCAGAUGUAUUUCUUCUUCUUCUUUGGGGUUUCGGAAUGCUUCCUCCUGGCCACCAUGGCCUAUGACCGCUAUGUAGCCAUCUGCCAUCCCUUGCGCUACCCGGUCAUCAUGAACCCAAGGACACGGGCCAGACUGGGUUGCUCCUGGUUUCCAGGCGUUCCUGUAGCUACGGUGCAGACCACGUGGCUCUUCAGCUUUCCAUUCUGUGGCACCAACAAGGUGAACCACUUCUUCUGUGACAGCCCAGCGGUGCUCAGGCUGGUCUGUGCAGACACAGCAUUCUUUGAGAUCUAUGCAAUUGUUGGAACCGUUCUCGUUGUCAUGAUACCCUGCCUGCUGAUCCUUUGCUCCUACACUCGCAUUGCCGCUGCCAUCGUCAGGAUUCCGUCGGCCAAAGGGAGGCACAAAGCCUUCUCUACCUGCUCCUCCCACCUUCUUGUUGUCUCCCUUUUCUAUGUAUCUUCAAGCCUCACCUACUUCCGGCCCAAGUCCACUAAUUCCCCUGAAAGCAAGAAGGUGCUGUCCCUGUCCUACACUGUUGUGACCCCCAUGUUGAACCCCAUCAUCUAUAGCCUGAGAAAUAAUGAGGUCAAGAAUGCUCUUGGCCGGACCUUCCGCAAGGCCCUAGACCUUAGAAGCUGCAUCCCAUAGACAUUAAGAAAUAAGACCAAAGUUUAUUAAAUGAAGGACAGUCUGUUUCAUAUUUGGGACUCCUCUGCCUUGUUUCCCAUCUUCACUGUGAUGAAACCCAGCUGCUGAAAUGACUAUUGCAAAACUCAACGGGGGAAAAAAAAAAAUCCAGGAUAGAGGUGGUUUAGGGUGGUUUAGUCCCAACACUACCACCUAGAAACUUCCUUUGCUUGCUUAUUGUAGACUUGCACUGUUUUUCUUAUUGGCAUUUCAACACUUCUGUGGCCCAGCAAUUCCAGAGAGUAACAUUCCUGUGUCCACACUGUGAACAGAAUAAAACUGCUUUUAAUCUUAACGUGGGAACACACGUAGUAAAGGAAGCAAAACUCAUGAAAAAUCACCUUUUCGCUUUGUCUUUCUUUGGGCAAAUCUGACUCCAUUCAUCAGAGAGGAAACCCUGUGAGUCCUCCCAGUGCAUAGCUCUCCUCACUGCCUUAUUUUACUUCUCAUGCCCUUGAGGCAGUGUUAGUUUUGGUAGCUCACUGGUAUGUGGUAUGGAUCUAGGAAAGUGGAUCCAUAAUUCCCAUACCUAUACCUUUAGAACCCCAACCAUCCUUUUAUUCCUCAUUCUGUUUUUCUCAGGAGCAAUGACCUGAGGUUCCCCUGGCUCUCUCUCUAGCCUCUAUUCAGGUCUUUACACCUUGUUGUAGGAAUACAAUUUCAAUCAUGGUACUGCUUUCAUCAAAGAUUAAGAUGGAUCCAGCUAACUCCAACAUAGCUCUUCUUUAACCACAAAAAAAUUCCUCAUUCUUUUUAUAACUUCAUAUGACUCUAUUUUCUAGAUUUACCAUAAUUUAUAUGAGCCUUUUAUAUUUACAAAAAAUAACUUUAUGCCUAUGCUUUUAAAAAUUUCUGCCAGUGUAUCUGACACACAGAAAUCUGGGAAUUGCCUUUACCUGGCAAAGUGUAUGUACACACGUAGUGUGGCUAUAUCGGCGAAUUUCCUCCAAGCGUACUGUACCAUGCUGUACUCCCAGUAGCAAUAUAUGAGGGUUCUUGUUUCCCCACAGCCACAUCAACAAUAUUUGUCAUCAGUCAUUUGGAAUUUUGCUUAUAUAAUAGGUUAAAAAUCAUAAUUAGAUUUUAAUUUGAAAGAAAUAAAUUUGAAAAAUACAGAGGAAAUAGGCAUGCAUUCCAUUUAGACUUCUGAGUUCAUAGUUUAGAUGAUUAGCAGUUGAGGAUGUCUUGUACUAUAUUUCCUCUACCUGAAAGGUUCUUUUGAGCUUCAUGUUAACCAGAUCCAUUUCUUUCAUGGCCCCACCCCAGUCUCUCAAGCAGCAUAAAUUAUUCUCUCCUACAUGCAUCUAUUCCAAAUUUGUCAAAAGAUAAGUUCAUUUCUGUAUAUAAUAUACUGUAAUUGUUUCUGCAUUCCCCCAUUGUACCUGUAACUCCUUGAAAAUGAGAGCUGCACAGGUGUUUAAUAUGACACAAGUGUUCCUGAAAACCAUCUCUUCUGCAAAAUUCACACUAAAAAUACGACGGGGAGAGAGGGUUAGGGCAGACCACUCAAAAUACAUGUGACAUUGAGGUCAGAGUAGUAACAGAAAGAAUAGUUGGAACCUGGAGAGACAACAGAGAUGGUCUAGGCACACAGCUCAGUGAUGCUAGCGAUCAUUCAACAAGCAUGAUAACAUAGGACGAAAUUGCCAACAGUGGAGGGGGAGGGAGUGGGAUGGAUGGAGAAUUUGGGGUUAAUAGGUGCAAACUAU